AUGGCUAAACAAGUUCUUCUUUUAGGUUCUGGUUUUGUUGCAAAACCAACCGUUGAUGUCUUAUCAACUACUCCAGGCGUCGAAGUCACCGUCGCUUGUCGUCAUCUUGAAGCUGCUAAAGCUCUUGCUGGUGAAACUGCUAAGGCUAUUUCUUUAGAUGUCACUGAUUCUGCUGCUUUAGAUGCUGCGGUGGCCAAAGUCGAUGUUGUCAUCUCUUUAAUUCCUUAUAUUUUCCAUGCUUUGGUUGUCAAAUCUGCAAUCAAAAAUAAGACAAAUGUUGUAACCACUUCUUAUAUCUCUCAAGCUUUAAAAGACUUAUUGCCAGAAAUCGAAGCCGCCGGUAUUACUGUUAUGAAUGAAAUUGGUUUAGAUCCUGGUUUAGAUCAUUUGUAUGCUGUUAAAACCAUUGAUGAAGUUCACAAAGCCGGUGGUAAAAUCAAAUCUUUCUUAUCUUACUGUGGUGGUUUGCCAGCUCCAGAAGAUUCCGACAAUCCAUUGGGUUAUAAAUUUUCCUGGUCUUCAAGAGGUGUCUUAUUAGCGUUAAGAAACUCUGCUCAAUAUUGGAAAGAUGGUAAAAUUGAAUCAAUUACCAGUGAAGAAUUGAUGGCUAGUGCUAAACCUUAUUUCAUUUACCCAGGUUAUGCUCUUGUUGCUUACCCAAACAGAGAUUCAACUGCUUACAAAGAAUUAUAUCAUAUUCCUGAAGCUGAAACUGUUAUCAGAGGUACUUUAAGAUAUCAAGGUUUCCCAGAAUUUGUUAAAGUAUUAGUUGAUAUUGGUUUCUUAAAAGAAGACGAAAUUCCAGAAUUGUCUUCCGCAAUUCCAUGGAAUAAAGCUUUAGCUGCCAUUUUGAAAAUUGAAUCCACUGAAACUGCUGACUUAAUUGCUGCUAUUGAAUCAAAAGCCACAUUCCCAUCUGAAUCUGAAAAGGAAAGAAUUCUUAAUGGUUUCAAAUGGUUAGGUUUAUUCUCAAAAGAACCUAUUAUUCCAAGAAAGAAUCCUUUAGAUACCUUAUGUGCUACCUUAGAAAAAUUAAUGCAAUAUGAAGAAGGUGAAAGAGAUUUAGUUGUUUUACAACAUAAAUUUGGUAUUGAAUGGGCUGAUGGUAAAACUGAAACUAGAACUUCCACUUUAGUUGAUUAUGGUGUCCCAGGUGGUUACUCAUCAAUGGCUAAAACUGUUGGUGUUCCAUGUGCUGUUGCCACUCUUUUAGUUUUAGAUGGUACUAUUAGUGAUGUUGGUUUAGUUGCCCCGUAUUCCCCAAGAAUUAAUGAUCCAAUCAUGAAAAUCUUGAAAGAAAAAUACGAUCUUUACUUAACCGAAAAAACUAUUGGUUAA